CGUUGGUUUAUUGUCUGCCUUUUCUCUUUUCCUCUGGAUCAUUUUAUUCUCCGGAGUCUAUGAAUGCAUAUCUUCAUAUCAUAGGAAUGUAAGCAUAUUUGUUAAUAUAGAACUCUCCCUCUACGUAUUACCAUCUUCUACGGCUUCAAUCCAAAAGAUAUGUAUAAUUAAUGUAACAAUAAUAACAACCAUCAUGAUAACCAUAAUAAUAACCAUAAUAGUAAUAAUAACAGAUAUAAAAAAUAAGCACAAUACCUGUUAUUAAUUCAUACUUGGCUACCCCUUAUAUAUUAUUCAUAUUUUUAUAGAGGCCUACUAAAGCAGGCCUAAUUGCUCCAGCCUUUUGUUGCAUGAGGGUGUCUCUGCACAUUGUUUUACUCGAUUUUGGGAGAUUUCAUUCAAGGGCUUCUAUUUUGGACACUAAUUACUUGCAGGAAAAGUUGUGGUGCUAAGGCGUCAGGUCAUCCACUUGUUAUAUUAUUGUGCAGUGUAAAUCCCACUAUCUAUCUUACUAUCGAAGGACCAGGGGGCUCGCACGAGGGCAGCUUGUGUGCUGCUACAUGCACUUGUUCAUCCAAGGGAAAAACACAAAACGGUACAACGUUUUGGAUUUGGUAAAAAAAAUAUUUUAUCUCAGAAAGAUAUUUGAUUAUGGUUGCAGUGCGUAUAGGUCCAUUGCUCUGUAAUAAAUGUUAAAACUGAGGAGGAAAAAUCGAGUUAUCUUUAUUUUUGGUAGGAGAAAUGGUUUAUUAAUGACGUAAUGCGUAAACCUCUUAGAUUGAUGUUGCCUGAGCAACAUUGUGUUUAAAGUCAAGCUCACGAGAAGAGUAGGGAGUCAAAGGUUUCUUAAUAUCGUUAUAUAAAACCAGCUGCACGUAGAGAGUCUCUCUUUCUCUGUCUCUUUCAGAUCAGUAAAACAUAUCUGUUUUUUUAUCCUUUUAUUUUGUUAUUUUUAAUAACGUGACAACGUCCUAAAAUGACUGUCUCUUUCUGUUCUGGUGUCAGUAAACAGCCUCGUGUGUAGAGCUGUGCACUAAGACGCACGCUAACCUAAAAUUCAUUUAAUGUUCCAUCAGAGAUAUUCUUUUGUUUGUGAAGAAGUACAUUCCCAUCCAUAACUUUGCUUUCACAUACAGCGGGAUGCUGGAUUUUCUCGGAUAUAGGACUAAAUCGAGGUCGGCGGACACUGCCCCUACUUUGGUCCAUGCAGUAAACAAGUCGCUUGAUUGAAUUUUCUUUAUAUACUGUGAUUUAAUAAGGAAAACACAAACGUAAGCUAGUCCGAGCAAUUUUCGUUGUGCAAAAUGCCAUGCUUUCCAUUGGUUCCUGUUUACAUGAUGCCCACAGGAGACACCGUGAUUGGUGGUGCUUUACACGUGACCAGACAACUUUGUACAUUUGACAGGGAGUAGGAGGGUUUUGUGGAGAUCAGAAAAACGACAGCGCGAUAAAAAUUAGUAUUGUUGCACUUCACAAAUUAAUGACCAUGAGUUCCUAUUUGAUAAACUCGAACUAUAUCGAACCAUCCUUUCCUCCAUGCGACGAAUACCAACAAAGCGGAUACAUCCCCACGCCCGGGGAUUACUACGAACGGCAAAAAGAUACAGGUUUUCCCCAUCACGACGAUGCAUCCUAUCCGAGGUCAAACUACACAGAUCCGAGCUACGAUUACGGCAAUGUCCCCACCAACGGACUGGACGAUUUCAGCGACGGGCAUCACGCACAGCCGCAGCCCGUCCCCCAGAGCCACGGUACUCGCCUCAACACGGUUCCCGAGAGCGGCGCAGGGACGAACACCAGCAAAGACUGCAGCCUUGCAAAUGAGCCAUAUCCCGGUGUACCAAAGGGCAAGGAACCGGUGGUCUAUCCAUGGAUGAAAAAGGUCCACGUUAGUAACGUCAGUGCCAGUUACAACGGAGGAGUGCCCAAGAGAUCCCGCACCGCCUACACUCGCCAGCAGGCUCUUGAGUUAGAGAAAGAAUUCCACUUCAACCGUUAUCUGACCCGACGCAGGCGGGUGGAGAUCGCGCACACCAUGUGUCUAUCCGAACGCCAGGUGAAGAUUUGGUUCCAGAACCGACGAAUGAAGUGGAAGAAGGACCACAAGCUGCCCAACACAAAGAUCCGCUCCUCCAACACAGCCUCGACUUCAGUCUCUGGUGCCCAGCCGCAGCAGAUCAAAACAGGCCAACAGCUCGUGCCUACACCGUGCGCCGCCAGUCUAUAGUGCGUGAACCGCAGCAAACCCACACCACAACACAGACUGAGAAUGCAAAUUACAAAAGUGGAAAUUUUUGUGGACCGACUUUCCGGUGUGUUACACAUGUUGUAAUCCCCCCCCCCCUUUUUCCCAAACUUCUGCCAUUGGGUUUUACAAGUCCAUCGUUCCUUGAAAACCACCUCUGCUCCUCGUUUGUCCUCGUCAUAUAAGCUUGAAAUUCACCUCUAAUCACCCAAGACGGCAACUGAAGUGUACAUGUAUUUGUUUAAUUUUAUGAUACAAAAAAGGGGAACGCACGUUCAAAGCAAGGACUUGGGUUAAUAUACAGGUUAAAUGAAGUGAGGCAAACGUAAGUCAUUUUUUAUCAGUAUUAUCAUUUUUUGUAUUGCUCAUGGAAAAGUCUAAUAUACUUGAAAGAUAUAUAGCAAAUCUCUAGGUCAUGCAGAGUAACAUUGUAGUUUUUUUUCUGUGUGUGUAAGAGAGUGUGAGUGAGAGUCAAGGAUAGAUAGUGUGUGUGUGUGUGUGUGUGUGUGUGUGUGUGUGUGUGUGUGUGUGUGUGUGUGUGUGUGUGUGUGUGUGUGUGGUGUCUGUCUGUCUGUCUGUCUGUCUGUCUGUCUGUCUGUCUGUCUGUCUGUCUGUCUGUCUGUCUGUCUCUGUGUGUGUGUGUGUGUGUGUGUGUGUGUGUGUGUGUGUGUGUGUGUGUGUGUGUGUGUGUGUGUGUGUGUGUGUGUGUGUGUGUGUGUGUGUGUGUGUGGAUGUGUGUGUGUGUGUGAGAGACAGAGAGCGAGACAGAGUGUGUUGGUUUACUGUUGAAUGUAGCCCAGGUGACUUUUGCAUCUGAUGUAUAUAGACAAAUCACUAAGAAGGCACAAUGAAAAUAACAUUUUGUCUUUAGAAUUAUGUUUGUCGUUCUAGUUAAGUCGUGAUAGUGUACCACAUGUCGUGCUGUGUUCUAAACUGUGAAUAUCUGUAUGUUCUGUCGAAAUAAUUGUCGUUGUAAUGUAGGCUAAAUAGCUGUUCUUGUGAAAUAAAUAUAUUCUUCACUGAAUGAUAUGGCUUGAAAAAUCUGCAUAUAGAAAUGGCGCACAUCGAAAUGCUGAAUAAUUAUACACGGGCCAAUUGCAUAGGAUAAUAUAUUUUUUCGUAUUGUUUUUUAUUUAGUAUUAGGGCAUCGUCCGUCCGUUUCGUCACCUUCGUUGUUUUGAGUAGUCAGUUUGUGAUUUUUUGUAAGGUUAUUAAAAAAAGCAAUUGAUAUUAUUUGCUAUUUUAAA